AUGGCUGGCCAGGACCCUGCACUGAGCACAAGCCACCCGUUCUACGAUGUGGCCAGACAUGGCAUCCUGCAGGUGGCAGGGGACGACCGUUGCGGGAGACUCAUUGUCACCUUCAGCUGCUGCCGGAUGCCCCCCUCGCACGAGCUCAACCACCAGCGGCUGCUGGAGUACCUGAAGUUCACGCUGGACCAGUACGUGGAGAACGAUUACAGCCUCGUCUACUUCCACCACGGCCUCCACGGCGGGAACAAGCCGUCCCUGGGCUGGCUGCAGAGCGCCUACAAGGAGUUUGACAGGAAGUACAGGAAGAACCUGAAGGCGCUCUACGUGGUGCACCCCACCAGCUUCAUCAAGGUCCUCUGGAAACUCUUCAAGCCGCUCAUCAGUCACAAGUUUGGGAAAAAGGUCACCUAUUGCAGCUCCCUGAGAGAGCUCCGGGAGCACCUCCAGUGUGACCAGCUGCCCAUCCCCCAAGAGGUGCUGCGGUAUGACGAGAAGCUCCGUGACCUGCACAGCGGGCUGCCGCCUCCUGCCACCAAGAAGCCACCGCCCCGGCCGCCUCUGCCCACCCAGCAGUUCGGUGUGAGUCUGCAAUACCUCAGAGACAAGAAUCAAGGAGCGCUCAUCCCCCCGGUGCUGCGGCUCACCGUGACGUACCUKCGGGAGAAAGGGCUGCGCACCGAGGGCCUGUUCCGGAGGUCGGCCAAUGCCCAGAUCGUCCGCCAGGUCCAGAGGCUCUGUGACCAAGGGAAGCCCGUGAACUUCGAUGACUAUGGGGACAUCCACGUCGCUGCUGUGGUCCUGAAGACCUUCCUGCGGGAGCUGCCCCAGCCGCUGCUGACCUUCGCGGCCUACGAGCAGAUCCUGGGGAUCACCAGUGUGGAGAGCAGCCUCCGCGUCACCCGCUGCCGCCAGAUCCUGCAGAGCCUCCCGGAGCACAACCACGCCGUGCUGCGCUACCUCAUGGGCUUCCUGCACGAGGUGUCCCGSGAGAGCCUCUAUAACAAGAUGAACAGCUCCAACCUGGCCUGCGUCUUCGGGCUGAACCUCAUCUGGCCGUCCCAGGGCCUGUCCUCGCUGAGCGCCCUGGUGCCCCUGAACCUCUUCACUGAGCUGCUCAUCGAGUACUAUGACAAGGUCUUCAACCCCCCAGAGGCCCCCGGGGAGCGCACCCCGGGCCCCACGGAGGCAAGCGGGCCGGGCAGCCCCCUCUCCAGACAGUGUGCCAGGGUGGGGGCACCCCCGGCUUCACCCUGCGUGUCCCGCCUCCGUGUCCCCUGA